CCAUCCCUGUGCCUCCAAAUUAUGACAUCCAAACGCACUCUUAAUCCCAAAGAGAGAGAGUUACUCUCAAAAGCACAAGUGAAAGAGAGUGGGGAAAAUGGCGACUACAAACGACCCAGACGAAGAACUCCACACAAUCACCGCCGAGCAACGCCGCGAGUUCAUGGUGGCGCGAGCCGUUGAGUCCGACCUCGACCUCGCCUUCCACCUCCAGAUGGAGGAGGCCAUUACCGCCUCGCUCUCUCUCCAACCCUCCUCUUCCUGUUCAAGCCCACCCCCACUCCCACCACACCCACCAGCCGCCCAAUCAGUCUCUUCCAGUCCCUCAAACGACGACGUCUUCAACGUCGUCGGCCUCCAGACCGAUGAGUUCGAAAAGUUCGCGCAAGAAUUCUCCGAUCGCUGCCUCACGGAAGCCGAAUCGAGGAAAACCCAAGAAGAUCUCCUCCGUCGGAUUCACGAUCGCAAAGUAGCCCUAGAGAUUGAGCAUAUGUCCGAGGACGAGUGGGACGACAGCGGUGACUAUUUCGAGAGGCCUUUCGGCGAGGGGACUUCCAAGAGUGUUAAUAACGAGAUUUGUAGGGUUUACUUCAAAGGGUUGGUGGCGGAGGAGAGGCUUAAGGAUUCCAAGGUCUCUUUGACAGGGAUCGGUGUCGCGAUUUGCGACUCGAGGGAUGGUUUGAUUUUCGAGCUGAAAAAGCCUCUGCUUGGGGAUGGGAAAUGCCGCCUAGUCGCGGAGGCCAAGGCUUUGAUCGAGGGGUUAAAUGCGGCUCUUGCUUUGGAUUUGAAGAGGGUCGCAUUUUACUGCGAUUACUAUCCGCUCCACCAAUAUGACCUGUGUUCGAAGAGGAUUUUUGGCGGGGGAUAUGAGCACGAUGACCUCUACUACUUUAGGGAUCCUCCACCGACACCUCCUUCACUUGCUUCAAGCCUUCAAGCCUCUGUUCUUCCAGUUUCUAGAUCUUAUGAUUUUUCUUUUCAGACUUUAAAUUUAUGGCAUGCUCGCCUUGGGCAUGUCACAAGACGAUGGUCUCCGAAGCAGCGCAAGAUGAUAGCAUUAGUCAAUCAGGUGGCUCUCCUUCAAAAAAAAUUUAAGUAUUGCAACUCAUUCCUUAAGGCUCGAAAUGAUAUUAAGUUUGCAAUUAAACUUGCAAGAGAAGCAAUCGACUCUCAGAUUAAUAGACCUGCAGAAGCUAGUGGUGUUAAGAAUUUGCGCGCUAAUUGUGUCAUCUGUUUAGAAGACACUGAUGUUGGGCAGAUGUUCUCAGUUGAUGGUUGCAUGCACCGCUUUUGCUUUUCUUGCAUGAAGCAGCAUGUAGAAGUGAAGCUGCUUCACGGGAUGGUGCCUAAAUGCCCUCAGGAAGGCUGUAUUUCUGAACUCAAACUUGAAAGCUGUAAAAAAUUCUUGACACCUAAAUUAAUUGAGAUUAUGAGCCAACGCAUCAGGGAAGCUUCAAUUCCUGUUACCGAGAAAGUUUAUUGCCCAUAUCCCAAGUGCUCAGCAUUGAUGUCGAAAAGUGAUGUUUUUGAAUAUUCUAGAACCGCAUUUGGUAGCGUUAGACAUGCAGUCAGGAAAUGCACAACUUGUCAGGCUGACUUCUGUAUCCAUUGCAAGGUUCCUUGGCACAGUAACAUGACCUGUUUCGAGUACAAAAGAAAAAAUCCAAAUCACCAUACAGAAGAAUCAAAGUUAAAGACUCUUGCAGCAAAGAAUUUAUGGCGUCAGUGUGUAAAGUGCAACCAUAUGAUUGAACUUGAGACAGGGUGCUACCACAUGACUUGCAGAUGUGGGUAUGAGUUCUGCUAUAACUGUGGAGGUGAGUGGAAGGAGAAGAAAGCUACGUGUUCCUGCCCAUUGUGGGAUGAGGAUAACAUUGUGGAUGACGAAGACUUAGACGAGUUUGAUGAAGAGGAUGAAGAGUUUGAUGAAGAGGAUGACGAUGAUGGCUUUGAUUCUGAUUCAGAUGAUUAUUAUUGAACAUAAAAAUUACCUCAAGGUCUCCACCUUUUCUUCUGCGAGGUUUUGAUGGUCAGUAUGUAUGUUUAUAUUAUUUUCUUUCAAUCUUCUCUUCUCCUCUCCUCUGUUUGUGGUGGUGGUGAUGGACUCGAGGAGUCAAGCAUGAAAUGCAAUAAACCUUUUUGCUUAUAACUCUUUUAUCUUCCUUUUCUAGGUGCACAAACUGGUUUCGGGUCCAUGAAACAUGUAAUUUGAAAUUCUAUAUAUUCUUAUUUGUCGCUCCAUAUCUCUCUCCCACGAGGGUUAUUACUUGGUGCAAUAAUAUAAAAUGAGAAUGACAAGCACGAGGCUCGUCAUUACUUAAUGCA